GAGCGUCUUCCGAGGAAAGGGGGGGGAAGUGUGGAAGGAGAGCAGCAGAGAGACACUCAGCAUCAGUCACUGUGGAGCACGAGAGCAGGAGGGAGAUGAUCGGCAGCCUCUCUCCUUACCUGCCAUCACACACACUGAUCAUCUCUGCUUCAUUAUCUCUGUUUCCUGUCUCCACUCUCCAGCAACAUGAGCUCCUCGUCCGCCAACCUUCACAACAAACUCCUGCCCUCUGAGACGGAGCGUGGCCAGAGGCUUCCAGAUGUAGACUCAACACAGCAGCUCAAGAUGAGAGAGCGACAGCGUUUCUUCGAGGAGGUCUUCCAGCAUGAUGUGGACGUCUACUUGUCUUCAGCACACCUUUGUAUCCGAGACUAUAAGAGACCUCCAAUUGGCAGCAUCUCAUCAAUGGAGGUGAAUGUGGACUUGCUGGACCAGAUGGAGUUGACUGACAUCUCCGACCAGGACACCUUGGACGUCUUCUUCAGCUCCGGGGGAGAAGAGGCGGCUCACACCUCUCCACUGCCAGUCCAAGGAAACAACAACAAUGUGGAAGUCAUCAGUAAUGGACUCUUUCAACACGUCUCUGAGGACCUUGACACCAAGCCUCGCUUGUCCUCUACGUCUUCAAACUCGUCUUGCGACAGUCAAACAACCAACGCCAAUGGGAGAAACACUCCCGUGGUCAGGUCAGAUGAUGAGGAAACAAACACCGGCACUCUUAAACGAAGAGAGAAGGUGAAAAGUCAGACUCCCUCAUCAUCUUCAGAGAAAGCUCUCUCUUCUCUCCAGGUCACUACUGUCUGAGGGACGAGGCGUGACGUUUGGAUGUGAUUUGAUUAAAGACUGUCUUCCAAACACUGGCUCUUCUCACUGCCUUCAACCUUUCCUUUGGUUUAUAAGUUGAAGGUUGGGUUCUGUGUGUGUAUUGGAGGAAGGAACCAUGAACUGUACAUACGGAGAUUUUUCUGAAUUGUUCUUACAUUCUUCGAUUCUUAUUUUCAGCAUGUUUUAAUGGACUCCUUCUCCAUUUUUUUUUUUACCUCACAUGACUUGCAGUCGAUAAACAAUGAAUUUUGUACAGUGAGGGAAGGAAAGAAAUGUAAAGAAGUGAAUGAAAAUAAACAAAAAUAGUUGGAUAA